ACCACAGGAGGGUGUAAGCUUUGUUAGUAGUACAUUAGUUGACGUUUGUCGCGCUUACACAGCAGGAGAGAGAGAGAACUGUCUUUGCUGUAUACGUUUUUGGUUUGUUUUUUGCAACUGUCGAAACAAUGGCAAAACAAAUGCUACUGUACUGGGGUUCAGGCUCUCCACCAUGCUGGAGGGUCAUGAUAACCCUUGAAGAAAAGAAUUUACAGGGCUACCAGAAUAAAUUGCUCUCUUUUGAAAAACAGGAGCACAAGUCGAAGGAUGUUAUGGACAUCAACCCCAGGGGACAGCUUCCUUCUUUCAAGCAUGACAAUAUUAUAAUCAACGAAUCUUAUGGAGCCUGUUUGUAUUUGGAGAAUCAGUUCAAGUCCCAAGGCACUCAGCUGAUCCCAGAUGCUGCAGCGGAGCAGGCUCUUGUUUACCAGAGGAUGUUUGAAGUUAUGACUUUGCAUGAGAAAAUGGCGGAUGCCAUUUUCUACACAUGGCGUGUUCCUGAAGCCGAGCGCCAUGACUCUGCACUGAAGAGGAACAGAGAGGCUCUUGCUGCUGAACUCCGUAUCUGGGAGGGAUACUUUCAGAAGAUGGAUUCUGGCUCAUAUGUGGCAGGCAAAAACUUCACAAUGGCUGAUGUUAUGUUCAUUCCCCAGAUUGCUUUUGUGUUCCGUUUUGGGCUUUCCCAGGAGAAAUACCCAAAGCUGGCAGAAUACUACAGUUUGGUAAAAGAGCGCCCCAGCAUCAAGGCUUCUUGGCCACCUCACUGGACGGAGAACCCACAGGGGUCAGACACUCUGAAGGACCUGUAACAAUGAAAAGCCUGUGAAGUAGUGCCCUACCCCACAGCCUCAGAUAAUAUAUAGUACUGUAUGACAUUUUGGCAAUAGCCCUUAAUAAAACUCAUCUCAUACUUCUGAUAUGCAUUGACAUUAAUGUGAUUACAUUUUUUUUCUUGGAGUUUGUGAUAUUAUCUAAAUAUAAAUGCUAACAACAGUCUUAGUUAAGUUUAAUGCUUUCAGGUGUACAAUUUUACAGAGCAGAUUUUUCUACUGAGGAAUAUUUCAAAUGAAGUAGCAGUUUCGAUGGAAUGUAUUUUUGUGACCUAAAAUGGAAGCUCAAACCUUUAACAUGAAAUUGUCUUAACCUAAUUAUUAAGUGUUGUAGAAAGUUUACCACAUUCAGUGUGCAUUGAUCUUUAAUGUAACUGAGCGUUAAUGUUAAAUAAACCCUAACUGUGCCUUGA